AUGACUUCAUUUGAACUCAUCGUAAUCGUUUUCGGUUCCACAAAAAGUGUAUCAAAUGUUAAUUUACGAUUUCCAAUUUCAUUUGUAUUUGCUACUGAUGAAUCAUCACUAGAAAAUUUGAUUACCACCGAUCCACCAUCGUUUGAUACCUGUUUACGACGAUAUUUUGUUCUUCUUCUUGACACAAUUACUGAUCAAUUUUUCGAUUGUCUUCAUAUGAAUCAUCAUGUUCAAAUAGUUUACAGUCAAAAUAAUUUUAUUCAUGCUCAGAACCGACAAAAAUUACGUCUUAUCAGAAAUAAACAAUGGCAACAAGUUACACUCGACUUAACAUCUGAUAUCGUGAAUUUUCUCACAGUUGAAGGAGAAAAACAAGCGAAAUUAGAACAAAUAUCAUUGGCUCAAGUAUACUAUCGUCAAGCACGGUCGUUAAAAGAAUGGGCAAUGUCAUUUGUCAAAGCUGAACCCUGUCAUAUUCUACUUAUUCCAUUGAAUAGCAGUGAAGACAACGUAAACAAUACGUAUAAGGAUUUACACAGAAUUUGUGCGGAACUAGGUUACCCAUCAAUCAUCGUUCGAAAACUUGACGAAUAUAUUCCUAUAGGUGACAUAGAAAAACCCUCUCUGAUGCCUUAUAGCUCAGCUUUAUUUCAUAAUGAACAUCCAAAUUAUAUAUGUAAAUUAAUUAAAAACUUAUCACCAUUGAGAUUCUAUUUAUAUGGAAAUGAGGAUUGUAUUGCAAGCGGCUGGAGUAAUUUGAUGAUUGCUGGAGAAGUUCAAGUCAUGGACGACGAAGAUAACUGGUGCGCAUUUCUUGAAAAUGAACCCAUUGAUAAUGAAAUCAAAUGGAACUUUGGAACUAUGUUUGGAGAAAAAUGGCAAGUGAAUCGUAUAACGCCAAUAUGUUUAACUGAUUUGAAUGGAAGUCUUCGAUUUCAAUCAGCGCUUCGACGCGCUGUUAAAACAAUUAGUCAGCAUCAGAUUGAAGUGACUUCAUUAAUUUUUGAAUGGUAUGAUAAAUGUAUUCGAGAUGGUCAUCUUCAGUUAGAACCUAAACUGACCAGUCAAGACGAAGACAAAAUCACUAGAACAAAAAUUGAAGCAGGCAGAAUAUUCUACGAAUGCAGGUUUCAGUAUUUAUCUACUUUGCCUCAAGUUCGUCUAACCUCGAACAUGAAAGGAGAUUCAUUUAUUUGGCUUGGAGAAAUAUUGAAUCAUCCUAACAAGAAUCUUGAUGAAACGAUUGCACCAUCGAAAUGGAAUAUUUUCAAUGAAAUAUCAAUUUGUAUACCAUACAUUGAAAUUCAGUUGAGAGAAGAAAAAAGAAUUUUUCUUGUUGUUUCCGGUUCACUUGGUCACACAUUAUUUAUUACAAGUUUUCAUUUAAUGUCACUAAUUCCAUAUAUUUAUAUUUAUUGUUCUUCAUUCGAUUUAUAUGUUAAUUGGGCAAACUAUUAUUCGGGAAUUCGAGGAGUUCAUGCAAAUGCCAGAGAGCUUGGCAAACAAAUAAAUCAAGAUUUGAAUAAAUUUUACCCAUUUAGACCUGCCACGAAUAAUCACCAGUAUACUUCUAAGGUGCAGUACCAGGACUAUUUUCAAAAUCAUAAUUCAACAUCGACAACUUCCUUAUCAUCAUGGUUUGUCUUUUAUAAUCCAGAGCAAUCACACAUUUUCCUAGCUCACCAACGUGAGAUUGACACUCUUCUGUGUAUGCCGCAUACAACUCAAUCUCGUGAUGAAAUGUUGAUCGAAUUUCGCCGAAUUUGUAAGGAUGAUAACAGAGCUCUUAAUGAAAUUAAUAGACUCGAAAAAGAGUACGAUUCAAAGGAUGCGGUUUAUUGGUAUUCACGUGAAUAUUUUCUUUACCGAAUAAUAAAUCAAGCGCUGCGAAACAAUGAUGUGGAAUCCAUGUUUAAAAUGAGAUACUUUCUUACGGAUCUCUAUGCACAACUCACUGAAUUAUGCACACAGGAUCACGUGCAGAAGCUAUUUGACCAACGCAAUGGAAUAAUGGUGUAUCGCGGUCAGCAAAUGACUAAAGCAGAAUUAGAAUACUUUCGAACGAUUCAAGGUUGCAUUAUAGCCACUAAACCAUUUUUAUCAGCAACUAGAUCAUUUGCUGUUGCGAGUCUGUUUGCAGCGACAUCAGAAGGCCCUGAUAUAACUCAAGUAAUAUUCUGCAUUAAAAUAGAUCGAUUCUAUGAAAAUUUUAGACCAUUUGCCUAUAUUUCUCAAGCUGCAUUCAUGCCCGAAGAAGAAGAAGUUUUAUUUUCUAUGGGUAGUUUAUUUCGUGUUCAAUCUAUUGAAACAUUAAUCACAGAAGAAAAUAUUUCUGUGAUAAAUUUAACAUUGGUGGAACCAAGUGAAUUGGCAAAAAAUAAUUUUUUCAUCAAUAAUCCAAUUCAAUGGUCAACUAACCAGUAUUGA